AUGUCAGCCGCAACAGCACACGCGCCGUCUUCGGGCGCUCCUACCGGACUCUCGCACUACUCGUAUCAGACACAACCGCCAAUAUUACAACCAGGACCUCAAUAUGCGUCUGGACCCGGUGGGUAUCCCCCGUACGGCUUUGGAAAUGGUGUCCCAUCACAGCUUCCUGUGUCUUCAUCAAUUGGUAAUUCAAUGGGUCAAGCUCUCCCCCUCCCAGCUAUGACAUCUGGAGCACCCGCCUCCUCGCUUUCAGGCUCGCAGAGUUAUCAAUCUCAUACGUUUGAUACCACCGGUCAAGUCGCACCGCCUGGCAUGAAGCCUCGUGUUACCGCAACAUUGUGGGAAGAUGAGGGCAGUCUCUGCUUUCAAGUCGAGGCCAAGGGUGUUUGCGUUGCUCGCCGGGAAGACAACCACAUGAUCAACGGCACCAAGCUACUCAAUGUGGCUGGUAUGACCAGAGGUCGACGAGACGGCAUUCUCAAAAGCGAAAAGACACGGCACGUGGUCAAGAUUGGCCCAAUGCACCUCAAGGGAGUCUGGAUUCCUUUCGAGCGAGCUUUGGACUUUGCGAACAAGGAGAAGAUAACAGAACAACUGUAUCCUCUCUUUGUUCAUGAUAUUGGUGCUCUUUUGUACCAUCCAACAAACCAGCCGCGUGCUGGUGUUGGAGCAGGUGUUAGUGCCAUGGCAGCGGAUCGGAGUCGCAGAGCUGAUCCUACCCAACAGCGCUUCCUCGGCGCCCCGGCGAGCUCCCAGCCGUCCUCGCUGCAUCACCACCAUUCUAUGAGCAACCCCAUCGGGGGCCAUAUGCCGCAACCUCCCCACGCUAUACAGCCACACCCCUCGGCUCCACGACCGGGCCUAGACAGGGCACAUACGUUUCCAACUCCCCCGACCAGCGCGUCCAGUGUAAUGGGUAGCAUGGGCAACCAGGGCAGCUCGUACGAGUGGAGCCAGUCUAAUGUCCAGCCAAUGCCUGGAAGUCAACCCCUCAACAUAGAUACCGGACUAAGCAACACACGCUCUGUGCCCACGACUCCUGCAUCAACCCCGCCAGGUUCACUCUCGCAAGGGAUGCAAUCGUAUCCGCCCAGCCAGGGAUACGACAGCUCCCGACAAAUGUACUCAGCGCCUCCUGCCCAGCCGACACAGUACAACACUCAGCCUCACAUGAUGCGCUAUGGCCAACCGCUUCAACCCAGCGCGUACCCGAAGAGUGAAAUGGCUCCUCCUUCAAGAGCUGGUGAGGUUGACCAGCAAGUAGAUAGCAAGCCGCCGGACGGCAUGAUGGGUCAAGGCUCUGAACCGGUGGCUCAUGGCCCCGGAGAUGACGAAGCUGAGCACGAGAACGACAACGAAUAUACGCACACUAGUGCUUCUUAUAACGGCAGCCGAGGCGCCUAUUCUUACAACCCCAGCGCACCAUCCGGACCGCUGCAUGGAGAACACGCACAUCUGUCUCCGGAAAUGACUGGAUCCCCACACCAAAAUGGGUCUGGAAGGGCCACACCACGGACGACAUCUACGAAUCAGCCUCAAUGGACGUCGGGUUACACUACCCCGCAGCGUGCCCAACAGCCGCCGUCGUCUAACCUCUACAGUGUCAUGAGUGAUACCCGAGGUAGUACUGCGAAUGGCAACUCGACCGCAGAUGCCUAUCAGGCUCCUGCUGCUGUUCCUGCGUACGCCAACCAGACUUAUGCCACGAACGGUGUCUCGUCAAACAAGCGUGGUCGAGACGACGAGGAUGAGCAGGACUCGUACGGCCGCCCAAGCAGCCGAGGCGGCGAGGACAUUGACAGCCUCAAACGCCGAAAAACGAUUCGCGAAGGGAGCGUGGGCGGACCUGUGGCUAGCGCUUUCGAUCGUGACCGCAACGGCCUCCAACGAACCCGAUCGGCAAUCCCUCAGCGUGCCGGCGGGCGGAGGUAA